CUCGCGAUGGCUGCCGGGAUCGCCCCACUUCCGUUCUGUGUGCAUGCACUUGGCUCCGUCGGCGAUUUGGUGUUUUUUUUCCCUCCCAAACACCCGAUAUUGGCGUUUUUGCGGCCACUCUUUUGUCGCCGUAGGAUUACCGUCUGUUCCCCGAAUAAGAGCCAUGUGCCAUCCACAGCGGACGUGAGACGGGCACCACCAAACGGACUCACCCCCGAGUUUGGGUUCCACUGGACUGGCAGCACAGGAGAAAUGGCUUUUGCGGGCCUCAAGAAGCAGAUCAACAAGGCGAACCAGUAUGUCAGCGAGAAGAUUGGGGGAGCGGAGGGGACCAAGUUUACGGAGGAGUACAUGGAAAUGGAGAGGAAAAUUGACUUGACCAAUGAGCUGGUCGAGGAGCUGAUUGUGAAGACCAAAGAAUACCUGCAGCCAAACCCAGCAUCUCGAGCAAAACUGAUGGUAAGCACGAAACUCCGAGGCACGGGCAAGACUCAUGCAUAUCCUCAGCCGGAAGGGGUGCUGGGAGAGACCAUGGUCAAGUACGGAGGCGACCUCGGAGAGGAGAGCCCCUUUGGCCAGAGUCUGAUCGAGGCUGGGGAAUCGCUGAAGCAGCUGGCUGAUAUCAAGUAUGCCCUGGAGGACAACGUCAAACAGAACUUCUUAGAGCCCCUUACUCAGCUGCAGACCAAGGACCUCAAGGACGUUCUGCAUCACCGCAAGAAACUUCAAGGACGGCGACUGGAUUAUGACUGCAAAAAGCGGAAGCAAAUAAGAGCCAGUGCUUUGCAUCCAGGGGCUCAUGCGACGGAGGACGACAUUAAGCUGGCCGAGGACAAGUUCGAAGAGUCCUUCAACCUAGCGUCGAUGGGGAUGUUUAACCUGCUGGAGAACGACGUAGAGCAGAUCUCGCAGCUGGCGGCUCUGGCGGAGGCCUUCUGCGAGUAUCACCAGCAGUGUGCUGAAGUGCUGCAGAGUCUCACUGAGAGGCUCCUCGAACAGAAAGCUGAGGCGGCCAGCCGUGAGCGCCAGCCGUACGAGCCCAAGAAGCUGUGCGAGCUGAACCUGCCCGUGAUGCACGACGACAUCUCGCCCAUGGUGGAGUCAGGUGGGGCCUUCUACAACGGCGGUCCCGCCCACUGUGCCCUCUUCACCACCGGUGCCCCCGCGUCUCCUGCCCGCUCUCCCCUGAGCUCGCCCGUGAACCCGAGGCCCAGCAAUAACCUGUUCCUGGGCAGCUUCCCCAAUCCGCAUGGCACGGGGGCCUCGCCCUCUAGGUCUCCCAACGCGUCUCCGCUUCCCUCCCCGGUGCGGUCCCCAGCGCGUGGCGGCCCCAACGGGCGUGGCCCCUGCUGCCGGGCCCUGUACGACUUCGACCCGGAGAACGAGGGGGAGCUGGGCUUCCGGGAGGGCGACCUGGUGACCCUGGUGCGGCGCGUCGACGACAACUGGUUCGAGGGCAGCCACGACGGGCGCACCGGCCUCUUCCCCGUCAACUACGUCGAGGUGGUGGUGCCGCUGCCCUAAGGGAUGGCACCGGACCUCAGACCCCGCGAGUGAAGCGAGCUUCGUGUGUUGCAAGCUUUGCCCCUGGGUUGAUCCAGCCGUGCGGCACAGACCACGCUUCGAGGGUCUGUGCGACGAAGUCAGCUUCCCCCCACUCCUGCCAAUCGUCACGAUGAUCCACUCCCCCGCCCAAGCCGGGGGUCUCUUCCCUCGUCAGAAUUGUGUACAUAUUUGUUAUUUAAUGCCACGGACAUAUUUUAAAAGAAACCUUUGGGUUAUUUACGUUAACUCCAAAAGCUGUCUUAUUAUUUUAUUUUUUUUUUUUGGUUGUUAGAGAGUUGAGAUUGUGUGGCCACGGGAGACGAAUUGGAACGCGAAAGACGUCCAGAGUUGGCGAACAGCUUUGAUGGCUCACGAGGCAUGGUACUUCUUGCAUAAAAUAUUUAUUAUUAAAACCGACAGUAUAAUCCAUUUUUGUUUAUGGAAUAAGACGAGGGAUUUAUUUUCUUUUUUGUUAGCUUUCACGUACCGAUGCAUCGACCAGUCUUUCAUGUCAUUCUCUCCUGAAAUCAGCUGUUGUCGUGAGUAGUAGUCACUUAGGAUUGCCAUGUGGUAGUGGUUAGAGCCCUAAGCCGACCCUUGAAAACCCGUGUCCGCUAUUUUACUCAUCGAAGGAAUCGUCUGCGUUUGUUUUAUCGUCCUUCCCUCGCCACGAAUGCAGUGUGCCGUUGCAUCGAGGAAAGCCGCUCAACGGUGAAGCGAUUGACGUCCAGCUUGCGUCGAACGCGCUGUCUCGGAGCACGGCUGUGUUUUUCUCGUUUAUUUCCGCUCGUGGGAACGUAUUACUAUCACCCUAGCUUUAGCAUGGUUGUGAACUCGAUCAACUGGUGCUAUCUGCAGUCGACUCGAUUGCGCGACUUCAUCCCUAAACGAUAGCCAGAGGUUGCCUCUGAUAUGGGAGCGAGGAAAAGCGACGAGUCAUCUCAUUUGUGAUUGCGCAUCCACAUUGAUCCUUCGUUGCUCUGCCUUAGAAGUUGGGACGGCCGGCGAGCGAAAGUCGCCGACACCCACUGGUUUCCGGUCGCGCUCGCGAGCUCGCGCUUUCACGACGGUUGUCCCGUCUCGUGACGAAGCGCCACCGAUGCUACACCAAUCGAGCUCUCCUGGGUUUUAGGCUAGGCGUCUUCUACAAACGAAUGCACGAAAAGCGGCGCCCUGUCGCAACGCACGAAUAUUGGUGUCCGGACGCGUAUACCCUCCGGGCCGGGCGACUAGUGCCAGGAUUGCUGCGAAGCCUGCCUUAGGGAUUGUGCGAUGCAGCCUUAUUGGCAUUCGCACGACACAUUUCACAAAUGAGGUCACAUCUGCAAACCAAUUUGGUCACCCCCGCCACCCUUCCUUUGGCUCGGAGCGUUUGAAAGGGAUUGCGAAUGAUGAGUCUUGGACCCCCCCCCCCUCACCUGUGUGGCAGUUGCGACGGACAGUCCGUACGCCGUCGACAUAUCGUUGGAAAGCUGUAACCAGCUACUCGGUUUGCGUCCUGCAAAGACGAGUUUGCGGGAAAAGGUCGACCAGCUGUGGAAUGUUUUGGGGUUCCAUGUGAAAAGCAGGUUUAGAUGUUUUCACAACAUUACCUUAAAGAGAUUUUGAGCAAUAUGUACUAGUCAGCAAUAAAUGGAAUCUGUGAAUCGCUCGGGACAGAAAUACAACAUAGCGUAGUUGUGGCAGAAGUCGCGUGACAUAUAUCGCCUACCGCAACUAAGGGCAGUCUUUUCUUCACUUUUUGUUUUCUCUUUUCUGCGGGAUUUUUUUGCCUUCGAUGGAGUGAAUUCCUCGAAACCCGACCGAGUCUUGACAGCGACCGCCCGGCCGUUUUACCUUUCCGGGUGGGCGCGAUGGGAGAACUGCAUCUGGAGCGGCACGCCGUCGGAUUAGAAAUGCAGUAGCGCAAACUCCGAUUCCUCAAUCAUCUCCCUACCCGUCCGCAGAACGCCGCAAUACACGCCGUUUCUUUGGAUAGGCGUCCCCCGGGAUCGCACAUUCCAGUCUCAAGAAAGCUACGAAUCUUGCCGCCAUGCUCCGUCUCGCUUCAAGUUCGACCGCGGCCAGCACCACGAUCCCCAAUGGAGCCAAUUGAGCGGGAGCAAAAGUCCGUCGUCGCGGUGCUCAUUGUUCUUGCAGGUUCGCCACCACCGGCAAAACCAGUCGUGCGCGGAAAGAAGUGCAGGAUCCAAGGCACCUUCCUCGUUUGCAAUUGGCUCAGUAGGUGAUGGCAAACGCACAAAGACGACGAGCACCGGGACAAUGGACUUUUGGCACUGCCCAAUUGGCUCCGUGAGGUCAUAGCGCCGGCUGCGGUUGGACUCUGAGCGGACCGGAGUGUGAAGUUGUGGCCCAGCGCAGCAUUGCAGGUUAGACUCGACGCCUAGCACUUCAGCGGUGAAACCCAGUUCUUUUGGGCUCUCUAAUCUAAGUGUGGUUUCUCUCUGUAACCGGUGUGAUUCUCUCCUCUUGUCUAAGUGUUCCCUCUCUACUCGCAAAAUAGGAACGAAAAUAAAAAAAAAAUCCUCCAACGUUUGUUCCAUUUCUGCAAACACUCACUGUCGGUGUUCCGAUUUUUUUCGUCGUCGUCGAGUUUGUCGCGUGUCGUUACAAGAAUGAGAGAAAGACGGACCGAAUAAAGAGCUGUUUCUGUUGUUCCGAAA